ACGUCAGCGUAAAUAUCCGGUAGUAACUCGACAAAGUAUCCGUACUUAUUUCUGUUCUCUCUUUGGCAACAUCAUGGAGUUGUUUCUUUCUGGUCCACUUCUUCAUUUUUGCAGCGCUUAUUUUCCUACUGGAGCAUCUGUUCGUGAUCUAGUUGAUAUUUUUACGAAAGAAAAGGGAAUCCCAUCAUCGGAUCUCUAUGUCAAGAAUAAUGGACGACUAUCAGAGCUUGAUGAGAAAUUGCAGGCUGGAGCGGUGUAUCGACUGGAGCCUCGUCUCUGUGGAGGGAAAGGAGGCUUUGGGUCUAUGCUUAGGGCUCUUGGGGCACAAAUUGAGAAGACCACAAACCGCGAAGCCUGCAGAGACCUAAGCGGAAGGAGACUAAGAGAUGUCAACCAUGAGAAAGAGAUGGCAGAGUGGCUUAAGAAGCAGGCAGACCGCGAGGCAGAGAAAGAGCAAAGGCGUCUGGAGAGACUGCAGAGGAAGCUGGCUGAGCCCAAGCAUCACUUUACAGACCCGGAGUACGAGAAGCAGUGCCACGAUCUCUCAGAACGCCUGGAGGACUCCGUUUUAAAAGGAAUGCAAGCCUCUUCCAGCGGACUAGUGAAAGUAGACGAGGCACCGAAACGCAAAAAGCCACCUCCAAACAAAGGCCAAGGGAAAAGCAAGAAGAAAUGCUUUUGGACGGGUGUUGGUGGCCUGGAUGACCUCGACAGCUCUGAGGAUGACGAUGAUGCAAGCGACAGCGGGAACUCUCCCUCCACAUCUGCUUCCGGUUCAGGGGUGCCUGAUUGUCCCGUAACGGGAGCAACGUCAGCUCACACAUCAGCCUCUCAGAGCAGAGCGGAACAAACGGCAACUCCGGAAGCUCCUAGGGCAAGCAGCAACUCCAUCUCAGGACCCAGCUCUCCAGAGAGCCCAGCCGAGGUGCAGACACAAUCUCAAGCAGAGGCAGCAGCUUUUGCUACCAGUGGUAGUGGGGAGCAGGAGGUGGUCCCCACAGAAGAAACAUUCCCAAAGACCGACAAUUGUGAAGAUGGGCCCUUAGACCUCCAGGCAGUGCACUCAGACAAGGAGUUGGAGACUUUGGGGUUGGAUAGGCUAAAGGCAGAACUGAUUGCACGGGGGAUGAAGUGUGGGGGAACACUGUCCGAGCGCGCUGCUCGCCUUUUCUCCACCGUAGGGCUUUCUGCAGAGGACAUCGAUCCUGCCCUAUUGGCCAAACCCAGCAAGGGCAAGAAGCAAUGACUGCCUAGUGCCUAUUACAGCACCAUAUAAUAUUGAGUCUUAUGCUAAGUGUACUCCUGAUAACUUGGUGACAAUUAAGGCAACAGAUUUAACUAUGCCAUGUGCCCCAGAUUCAAAGUGUCUGAUUUUUGUUUUCCCCAAAUAGUGGACACAUUUAAAGAUUGUCACAGCUAUUGGAUAUAUCCCAGAAUUCUCCUGUUCUCAAUGCAUUUCUGACAUUUUUUCUAGAGUAGAUUUUACUUUUUGAAAUAUGUAAGUCAGUGUACUGUCCCUUAUGUUGGAUGAAAAGUCCAAAAUUAAAUUAAGUUUCUCUUUAUCACAGUA